CUCUGGACACACCGUAGCUUCUGCUAAACCAAAUCCUGCGUCAGACUGCGAGAAAACACACUGUUAUAUAACGAGAGGAGCAGAAACAGCACCGAGCUGCACGAGCUGCUAACCCGCAGAAACUUCCACUAAACCCGAAGAAACUUCCAUUUAACCCGCAGAAACUUCCACUAAACCCGAAGAAACUGCCCCCUUUACAGCCUCCGAAAUGUCCUCCUGUGAGUUUGAGUCCCUGGAGAAAUGUCUGGAGACCCACCUGCCCGAGGCCGAGCUGUCCGAGGUGAAACGCAUUUUAUACGGGAAGGAGACGAAGAAGUUGGAUCUGCCGGCAGCUGCUGUCAGCGCCGCCUCGGAGCGGGACUUUGAGCUGCAGGGCUUUGGGUUUGAAGCGUCUCCGGAGCAGCUGAGGCCGGCCAGGAGGACCCGGGUCGGACUGAUCCAGAACCAGAUCGUGCUGCCGACCGACGCCCCCAUCCUGGACCAGGUCUGGAUCACACACGC